AAGGACGCGCUCGGGGGCUGCCGCUGGUGGUUGUAGAGGUGGUCUUGCUGCUGCUGCUGUUACUGCUGCUGCUGCUGCUGCUGCUGCUGCUGCUGGUGGUGGUGGUGGUCGUCGUGACUGCAGGGUACUGCGAGCUUGUGGGGACACACGGUGCUAGGAACGGAACGUCGUGUCGGUGUAUGUCGGUGAUGCGUGCUAGUCGCGAUGCUUCGACCGAUACCUCUCUGGUGGGGAUUUCUGCGAACGGAGGAGAAGCACGAGGGAGAGAGAGAGAAAGAGAGAGAGAGAGAGAGAGAGAGACGUGGACGACAGGGGAAACGCGAGAGCUGCCGAAUAGCGUGCCGAGGGUUUAUCAGUGCGAACCGCGACGUCGACGUGAAAACGUCGUUAACGGCGCCGCGCCAUUUUCCGGGCCAUCCCUCGUCCUCGCUUUAAAACUGGGUCAAUCCCUCGUGCGCGAACCGACCGACCGACCGACCGACCGACCGACCGACCGAACGAACGAUUUUUAUUAUAAAUCAAUUCCCGCCACGUUUUUUUUCUCUCCUUUUUACUUUUCGCUUUACUUUUAUUCGUUUCCUCCUCUUUGAGCGCAAUCGUAUCUUUCUUUUCUUUAAUUGGGUACGAGAUCGUCACUUUCAAACAUGAGCAUUUCUUAUCGACGAUACGACGUUUCCUUUAACCCCUGCGAAAAUGAUAACCCCUGAAAAAAUAUAUGUUUCUUUAUUUUCUAUUCUUUUCUUUUAAAAUUUUUCUCUUUUUUAAUUUAGAAAUCGACAUGUAGACAAGUUAUUCGGAUUUAAUCGGAACGUAGGUAUACGCGUGUAUCGGUGGCCGCAUCCCUGGCAUUUGUCGUUCGAUGGACCGCCGGGUCGCUCGUUCGCGAUUCCGUAACCAGGUCAAGCGUGCUCUUUUCUUUGGUGACCUUCGUUAUGCGAAAUCAAGGAUUCUUUUCAUCCGCGCCGGAUCAUUUCUCGCAUCUCGGUUCUAAUGCAUUCGCGUCACUUUUUAUUUCAUCGUUCGAGCUAUUACAAGAAUUUCUAUAUUGGUCUCUCUCCUAGAGUAACCUCGAAUUGAUCUUUGAUCAAACUCGACGACGAGUUUGGCCACGAGUUCUUUUAACGUAAUUCAACUUAAAAGAAAAGAAGAAAGUUUCAAGUACGCGUGACACGCGUUCGGAAACAUUUUCUCAAGAUGGAGAGCGUUCUCUUCAUCGAUCGACUCGAAAGACGUUCGAACGGCUUAGGAAAAAAAUAACAGACUUUCUCCCCCUAGGGAAGCGAUAUACUUUUGGACGAACGACGAUGUUUCUUUCUUUUUUCUUUUUCUCUUUUUCUCUUUUUCUCCAUUUCCCCUAGGGAAAAAUACCAUUUUCUCUUGGACCCUUUCGAAAACGAUCCUUCUUCGCAUGUUGGCGCGCAUUUUUUAUCGCGAGCUUUCCCUCUUUUUAUCCAUUCCGUUCGAGACCCUUUCUCCAAGUAGAACGAUGUCUUUAGGUAGGCGACAUCGGGAAAGGAUAACGACCAAUCCAAAGAAGAAUGCCUCUAUAUCGUAUUCGCGGACUCGAAGAUAAGCGAGUCUCAAAGAUAAUUGAGUGAUCGUGGGGUAAGAGGAAAGAAGUGCGAAGAAAAGCGAAAAUUCAAAGAGAAGAAUAGGAGGGAAAGAAGAAGCACCAGAGAAAGAGGAAGAGGGAGGAAAGAGUUUGACGUUCGUUAAGAGGUUUCGAUAACGAAAUGUCAGUUCAAGAAUCAGAGAUUCGUCGGAGCACGGCUCCUCCGUCUCUUCUUCGGUAUAACGAUAUUGCGGAAGGUUGCGUCUGCAAAUUUGUCGGUAUUCCAGUGUUCGGACGACGCUCCUGAAGCUCCCGGCUAGCGAAGAGCCCGUCGCGGCUCUCACACGUCGGCCCUCGCUUUUUCAUGCUGGCAAAUAAAAUUAGAAGCGUCGAUAACCUCGCGAAACUCUCUUUCGAGGCUUGCGCAUCGAGUGGCGCGCAAAUAACGCGGAAGAGCCAGAGAGUGUCCUCGAUCGGAAGAGGGUGCAAGUACUCGGCAUGAAGGGUUGAGAAAGGCGCGUCCUGAAAAUCCUCAAUAAUAAAGAAGAAGAAGAAGAGGAAGAAGAAGAAGAAGAAGAAGAAGAAGAAGAAGAAGAAGAAGAGGAAGGAGUCGUAGACGUCACGAGUUGUCGGUUUUCACGGACGCGACGUGUCUGACGUGCAGCGGCUGAUUUGUUCCUGCUUUCUAAUGGCGACGGCGGUCCUUUCCUGCCGGCGAAGCGAAUUUCAAUGCAACAACGGCCAUUGCGUCGCGUUGAACAAGGUUUGCAAUGUCGUCGACGACUGCGGAGACGGAAGCGACGAAGUCCGUCAAUGUUCGCCCUGCAACAAAACGUACUUUGGCGACGUAGGAAAGACUUACGGUUUGGAAUUGCAUCGGCCGAAGGAAGACAAGGUGCCUUACAUUUGCAAGCUUACCUUUACCGCACCCGGCGGCGAUCUAGGUGAUAUCAUACAGCUCAACUUUGACAGCUUCACCCUUGGCAAAUUCGUUUCGUUCACCGCGGAAGGAUGUCCAGACGGAUCUUUGCAAAUCUCCGAAGCGGAACGUCCCGAUGUAGGAGGACUUUGGUGUGGUACGACGAGGGAUCCAGCCAUUUACUACAGCGAAACGUCCAGCGUCUCCAUAACUCUGAAACUUCUACGACUCAGCAAGGAUCAGAAGGCAUUCAAUUUCGAUUUUCGGAUGGCGUACAAGAUGAUCAGAAAAUCCGACGCCGUUGUGCGCUACGGGAAUCCUUUCGUAGGAAUGACGCAGGUAACGACGACGAAGACGACGACGACGGCGACGACGACGACGACGACGACGAUGACGACGACGACGACGUCGAGGACAACGUCGACGACUACGACGAGUGCGGUAAAUACCGAGGACAAGCCGACCGUCGAAUAUACUAAUACUUCGAUGGCGAUGCUUAUGGUCGAGCAACAUCCGGUAACACCAACGAAAUCAACCUCGGAACAAUAUCUCGGUGAUCUCAUCUCUGGAACUUACUGCUCGAGAAUAUUCAGUGACUGCGACCAGAAGAAGUGCAGACUGCAAUCCCCAAACUUUCCUGGACUUUAUCCUCGUAAUCUCACCUGUUACUACGCGGUAAGGCAGCACGAGGUACCGCCGGGGAAAUACGCGUUAAUUUCGGUCGGACAGCCAAGAGGUCAAUUGGUCGCUGUAAGAUCUAGACCAGCGACGCAAGGCGAGUCACCGCCACGUGAGCUUCAUCUCUGGCAAGAUUGCGACGUCAUACAGGAUUACGUGACCGUCUACGACGGUUAUACCACAAGGGAUCCGGUGAUACUAAAAUUCUGCGGUGGCGGAGAACCAGUGCCCGAGGCAACGAGCAGCGGACCAGAAAUUCUCGUGGAGUUCACAACGUCCCCUUACGGUACCUUUCUACAUUCGACGCCGCAACGUUCCCUUCACGGAUUCCAAUUGGAAGUCCAGGUGAAAUUCGUCGACGCCGAUUCACCGACAUACGCGAAGAACAAGCGCUGCGAGUUUUGGUUGAAAGGUAAUAGCGGAGGGGUGCUGGAGUCUCCCCGUCAUUCUCUACCGAGAAACAGUAGCUGCCUCUAUCAUUUACGCGGCGCCGGACCCACUUUGCCCAGUCCCACGCCUCCGCGUCCUUUACCCAAAUUCCCAGAGCAACGGCCCGGUACGGUAUGGCGGAGACCGGCGCCGGUUCCACCGCAACCGCAGUUCCGCGUUUGGUUGUCGAUUUUAAAGUUUCACGUUGGCAUCACCGCUUCUGCCGGCACCGACGAGGAUUGUUCGACGACUCUGAUGGUUUGGGACGGAGAAAUGAUGCCCCUUGGGGAAUGCAACGAAGCUUGCGAGAAGGAACGUCAAAGGUACAUAGAGAGACUCGGAGAAGCGACUUCGCAAGUUGUCGCACGUCCCGCAAACAACACGACUCUCCUUGCCAGAUAUUGCAAGGACAAGGUUCCAAGAACUUGCGAUCACGCGAUUCUUCAAAACGUCAGUCGUCCUUGCUCCCUCGGAGAAAGCUUCGUAUCAUCCGGCAACAGCUUGACCAUAGAGAUGCGCAUGAUCGAGUCUACGGCUCUCAGACCCGUCAACUUUCGAGCUCUCUACGAGUUCGUCGAUCUCCAUCAGGAUGGCGAAGCUUACGGCAGUGGACCGUGCUCGCGUGCCUUUUACAGCCGAAAUCGAGACACUUAUCCAGAUCGUAGAUUUCAAGGACCUCGCGAUAUCUUUCUCUACGGUCGUGGUGGAUCGAAAAAUCUUAGUUGCGUGUACCGGUUCGAGGGUGAACACGACGAGGUCGUCAAGCUGCGGUUCAACAGACUUCUCAAUGGAAACCGGACCUGUCGCAGCGUCUCCUCUUCCGAUUUUAAUCGUCUUCUUUGCAUCGGAUCCGAUAACUUCUCCCUCAAAGUGCUCGAUCUCCCAUGGCCUAACGCACCGGCCGUUCAACGCGAUUGCUUUUGCUCGAAUCGUUCUCUCCCUAUGAACAUCAAGUCCAGCUCGAACAUCGUCGAGGUACACCUGACGGUAACGUCUAUGAACGCCCUGGACGACUACAACAACAUCUUCUUCGAGGGUACUUGGGAGUUUGUCAAAACGUCGCCGUGUUUACAAAAGCGCAGAGUGAGAGGGCCUUCGGGGGUGAUCAAAUACAGAUGGCCGCUCAUCGACGAGGACGAGAGAAACUGCGAGAAGCAUCCUUGGCUGAUCGACCCGGCUCCAGGACAAUAUCUCUAUGUGAAAACGCACGGUUCGAUCAUGACGAAUCGUAUCAAGUGCGCGACGAAAAAUCGUAUAGUUUUGCACGCCGGAGGAAACAUUCGUGCAUCGGUAUGUCCGAAACCGAUGGAAGAUUCUAGGGAACAGGUCGUAGAAAUUUUCAGCGAUGGCUGGUCCGUCGGUAGCGCUAAUUUCAUCCCGGUACCUGGCCGAGAUCCCGUUAGAACAAUCGCCGUGGAGUUUUUGAUCAGCGAGCCGGAAGCUUACGGCGUCACGUGGCUCGAACUUACCAGAAGGCCGGCGACGACGUCUACGGCCGGACUACAAAUGGCCCGGGACUGCGUCCAACGAUGUCCGGAAUUGGACGCGUGCAUAAACGCUUCCCUUUGGUGCGACGGAGUAUCCCAUUGUCCUUCGGGCUACGACGAGGCUUUGAAGCAUUGCUCGAUGCUCCUUCGAUUGCCACCUUUACAUUUUGCCCUCGGAGUUUUGGCUAUUCUAACGAUCCUCGUGGUUAUCUUCAUCGUUAUAUGGCGAAUUUGUCGGCAACGGACCAGUCGCUCGAUAUCUCAGCACCGAUUGAAGAGCAUAUCCUCGGAGACGGCGAUAAUCGAGGGAAAGGAAGUGAUCUGCUGACACAGCGACAGUUCUGUGCGAUACGUCGAGGUCGACCGCGUUACCACCGUGUGACAAUCGCCAUCAUUUUUCGCCUCCGCCUCAUCCGCAAUCUGUUUGAUGUCAAUGCCUUUGUCAUCGUCGGUAAAGCUUUCAAGGAGUCUUCCUUCGGAACAGCUUAUACGCUGUUUUUCCUUUUGAACGUACGACUCUUUGAACUGCCUCGGUGCGGCGUAACGCGCAGAACUCUGUCUUGCUUUACGAUUAACGAACUGAACGAACUGAGCGAACUGACUUUCAAAAGUAAACGACGACGACGACGACGAUGGUCGACUGCUCGUUGGCUCGGAUAGCGAUCGAAACUCUUUGACAGAACGGAUCUCGCGUAUUUCUUUUUUCUCCGUGCGCAAAAGCUCGUGUCCCGUAAACGUUUAGAUGUCUUCAAAGAUACGACAAAAUUGAUGUACUCGAAGGAAAGAGGAAAGAAUACCAAAUGUAUACCUCCCUCUCUGUCAACUUGGAACGAGAUUCAAAGAGCAUCGGGUUUCUCAAACUUUUACAACGUCGUUCCGGCUUGAGUAAACGUGAGAGAGAGAGAGAGAGAGAGAGAGAGAAAGGUACAAACUUUAGACUAAAAUCCUGUUUACGUUACACCACGGAGAACAAGCCACGAUGAAUGACCGAACUGUUUUAACGAGGACAAUAAGUAAUAAAAUCCUAGUAAUAUCGCACCGUUAUGGUAGUAUAGAUUUUCGCGUAUCUAGGAACUUACGAGUAUCGAUAACUUUUCGAUAUCGCCAACUGUUUCCUUCCUUGGUGUUUCUUACGAUAACGAAAUAAGAAAAUGAUCAGUUCUGAAUUCAAUUACCGAUCCCAUUCGCUCUUUAUUUACCUCAUAUAUACCUCAAAGGUUCAUCGAUACUCCCGUCUCGAUCCUAGAUACAUAUAUUCGAAGAAGAAGUAAUUCGAGAAUAAUCCGAGGCAUCGAGCACUUGACUCGUUUAACGUAAAAUUAAAGAGAAAAAGAAAUCUAGCUGGCCCUUCGUCGAUUCUGGAAUAAAAUGCAAAGAGAAAAAAAGAAAACUUAAGGGGAUGAAAAUGUACUUUGUCUAGGGAUAUCGACCAAACUACAAACUACAAAAAGUAUCUAUAAAAAAGUGUGUGUGUGAGAGAGAGAGAGAGAGAAAGAGAGAGCGAAUUAAUCUUAUUCGAUUACUAAUCGAUUUUAAGCGACGUGACUUUUGAUUCGAGGGGCUGGACGAUGCGGUUGGUAGAAAUCGCGUAGUUUGAAAUGAUGUGAUAAAUAUAUACGAUGCUGUUUUCCUCGAAGCUGUGCUUCGAAAUUAUUGUUACGUCCGAUGAUGCGACGUCGAUGGAAAAAAAAAAAAAAGAAAACAGCUAAAUGAAGAAUUUUUCGAAAAUUCGAAAAAAAUGGCAUCGGCGUCGAUGUCACGGCUUGUACACCAUGUUCAUAAUUGUAAAUAAUUGAUUAUUGACCUAUUUAUAUAACGGUUAAAAAUGCUACACACGUGCACGCGUUUGCCUCCGUUCGCGAACAUCGGCGUCGCGAAUUAUUUUAUUUAUUUCACUGGCAGAUAUUUGUAGCAACGCAACGCAACGCAACGGAGAACGGCACCGUGCCGCUUCACUACUAAUCGAUAAGUACUACGAAUUUCGAGGUGAAGAGAGAAACGCGAAUUCUUCGGGAGGGAAAAAGGAAAGACGCGCAAAAAAAAAACAAAACAAAAAAUACGAUAAAGAGAAAACAAAACAGCGAAUUCGAGCGAAUGAGAUAGCGGCUGCGAUCGAUUCGAAAUUAUCCGUCAAAUAUACAACAUAUAUUAUACGUAUUUUCAGCUAGCCAAAAUCACCGCCAUUCUUUUCUUGAUUAACUAUAAGUAAAAGUUAAUUGGCGAAGGGUCGCGUUACGACGCUAAGAAAGAAAAAAGAAAAAAGAAAAAAAAAACGACCCUCCACGACACGUUGAAAGAGGACAAUCCUACGAUAUUGAUCAUUACUACUGGUCGGGUAGUAAGUAUCGUUUUCGGCCAAAAGAAAUCGGUACGCGCGCGCCUAUUAUUUUUUAAAUCUUAUAUACUUAUAGCUUCUUCUUCUUCUUCUUCUUCUUCUUCUUCUUCGUUUGGUUAAGCUAAAUUCGUUAAACCCGCUAAAGAUUAAUUAACGAAACUUACGCAGAUCUAUCUAUUUAUUUUAUCAAUAACAAUUCAGAGAACAUAAGACUGAUGGUAUUUCGAGACACUUACUUCAACGUCAAUGUGCAUUUUUUUUUUUUUUCUAUCGUGAAAUAUCAACGAAAAUGUGAUCCUCCAAACUGCCAUUCGUACUCAACACGUAUAUAUGUACGUACAGUGAAAUUUUUUUAGUAAAAAUCCAUCGAUAUUCAAACUGAGAAAAAUCAAUGGAAUCCAUUUUUUUAAUAAUCAGCGAUACGUGUUCUUCCGGUCCGAACGACGAACCUACGACGAAACGAACCUACGAAGAGUGCGAAAAAUUUGCUCGGUAGGAAGAAGAACAAAAAAAAAAUGUUUUUAAAUCGUUUAAAAAGAAAAAAGAAAUUUUAUUUCAAACGUGUGUCGUGCGCCGACGAUGUACUCGCAUACCAACGUUGUUUACAUGUUCUUUUCGAGACGUCGCGACGAACGAGCAUAAUUAACUAACGAAAAAACAGGGUCGCUCGAGCACGAUAAUUUGCGUGCACGCGCGCGUUAUUAUGCCUUUGUUCUUUCUAUCGUACUUAGGAGCUUAAAAGCUCCGCAUCGGCCGAAGAAAGCAGCACAAACCGUUCGAUAUACGAGUAUGAUGAGGUAUUCCAAUACCGUAUUCCAACAUCGGCCUUCUUGUGUUCUUAUUCGCGACAAUCGCAACGGGGGAGAUAUGAUUUACAUACUCGUUAAUACUUACAGAAGGCACAAAAUAUGUUUAGAAUAAGCAUCGCAUUGUCGGAAAGAUAUUUCGCUUUUUUGUCAAAUUAUCAUCCGAGACAGACUCGAAUAACGAUAUUUAGAUUAUGAUUUGAUCAAAGAUAAGCAUUAUAGUUGAGGAGGAUAAUUUUUCGAAAACGAUAAUAUCGAGUUCAUUCGAGAACGUAACGUUCUUUGGAGUGGAACGAAAGAAGAAAAAAAAUAGAGGGGGGGAGAGAGAGAGAGAGAGAGGCGAAAACGCGUCAACUUGUAAGUGGAGGGUCGUUCGCGAACUCGCUGAAGAACCUCGCGUGUAUCGAUCGUACACGAGCGCACAGCAACCCGAAACAACGAGGAACAACGGUCAUUCGAGCGCAAAACUUGAUGCGACGAGCGCUCUCGUCACUCGGUAACAAGGGAAACUUCGUUAGAACGUCCUUUUUACCCUUUCGCCUUCGGUCCCUCUUCCUUUUUCGAUGCACUGCAACGCACAUUGCAACGCAUUUCGAUUAUACCUCUUAUCGAGCGCGAACGAUGCCACGUACGACACUCGAUAAUAAUAUUUUCCAAUUUCAAUUCUAUUAUCACUUUUGUAAUCCUGUCCUUUCGCUUUUUCAUUGCUCCUCGACGAAUUCAUUCGCCCCCGAUCCCGGGAAGAUUCGGAAGGAUUCGGGAUUUCACGAAGCUCCUCUGUUGUAAAUAGUUUUCUUCUAGUUCGUAAGAAUUUUAAAUGCUCUAGAAAAGCCGAGUGUAAGCCGCAUAAUACAAAUAUUAAAUUAUUAUAAUAAUAAUAACAACAAUAAAAUACAAAUAAAAAUGAAAUAAAAAUAAUAAUAUUAAAUAAUGAUAAUACUAAUAAUACUAAUAAUAAUAAUAAUAAUAAUAAUAAUAAUAAUAAUAAUAAUAAUAAUAAUAAUAAUAAUAAUAAUCACGUAGACGAAUAGUCGUUAUUAUCACGAUGUGAACCAUAUCCAGAAACGCGUUUAUUGUUGGAUCGUUUAAAUGUGGCAGCGAAGGAAAAUGUUCUUUUGUCUCGCGUAUCGACGAAUGUUACGGUAAUAUCGGUAAAUUGGCCGAGUGGAAUCGAAUGAGAUAUUGUUUUAGAAGAUUUUUGCAACGAUAUAAAUGAAACGUCACUUUUUUGGAAAUAAUCGAUCGCACUUAGCUCGUUGAUGUUUCAAGUCUGAAAUAAUGUCUUAAUCGAUAUUCUUUCCUGAGAAAAUCGAAUAAAAGAUGAACGAGUAGCUAUACGAUUAGCGCAAUGUCGUUUCGUUUUUGAAGACAAAAGUAGGAAAUUAUAUGUACACAUACAUAUACAUGUAUAUGUAUGUAUGUAUAUAGGUACGAGCGUGUACAUAUGUAUAGAGGAUGAAAUGGACAUCGUGCUACCGAGACGAAUAGUAGUAAUACGCGCGUUUCACAAUUAUAAAUUGAUUUAUAUUAUCGUCUCUCUCUACCUUAAUUUAAUUUCGUAAAUUCAGUUUAGAGCUCACCGACUGACUCUCUAUUAAAGGUUUAUAUAGUCGCACAGAACUUUUGUGGGUUCAAAGCUCGUCUUCAAAGACUGCCGAAAAACGCUUAUUAUUUCGAACCAUCGAUCUUACGCGAAUCUUCGUGUCCGCUUAUCGUAAUUAUGAAUUUCUCUAUCGACGUUAGCGACGAUGUACAAAACACACGAUUUGGCACAAAUUCGAUUAGUCCAAUCGUUUUUGUUUUUUUUUCCUAUCUCUUUCAUUUUUUUGUUUUUUUUUUGUUUUUUUUUCUCUUACCAAGAACUUCAAUUAUCACGUUGACCGAAUUCGCUUUCUACGUUUGUAUAUGUUACCGAGCGUUUAUGCUUAUGUUAAUCCUAUAAACUAUUCGUGCUAGGACGAGAUACUAUGGAAAAGAUUCGAAGGCGAAUGACCUCGCCAUUCCAAAUCCAACGAUUUGUCGUCUCGUUUGAUAAAUACUUACAUGUAUCGCAAAAUAAUGAAAUCAUUUGAUCGAUUAUAUAAAUGCCCAUUUAAUAAAGAAAAGGAAAGAAUGAAAAGCAUGUGAAUGUAAGUAAGAAAAUAAUCGAUGGGCGUAUUCGAUCGUAUUCUUAAACUUCUUCGGUAUGGCACGAAGACGAUUAUUAAAUAUUAUUCUAAGAAAGACCAAAUUAUACUCUCGAAACUUUCGCAGCAGUAAUUUAUAUUAUUAUCACUUAGCAGUGAAACGUAUUGUUUUUAGUGCAUGCUUGUGCACUGACAGUAAGGGAAAAUUAGAAAAGUAAAAAAGUAAAACGAAAAAGGAAAAAACAAAAAAAAGAGAAAAACAAAAAAAGAAAACAAAAAAGAAAA